AUGACAGCUCUUGAUGACACGAAUUUCUACUCCUGGAAACAACUGGUUGAAGGAGUGAUUAGGGCUCACAAAUUGCAGAAAUUCAUUCAAGAUCCACUGCAAAUUCCAGAACAGUUCUUGACUGAGGAAGAUCGAUUGACAGAAACAUGGUUCAGUGUCGACAUUCAUGGCAGAUCUGGGAGGAAAUUCAUAAACGCACAUUCCAAGGCUCAAUCUACUCAACUGCGCUCUGAAUUGAAGACAAUCACAAAAGGAACAAAGACUGCUACAGAGUAUCUCAAGCGAAUCAAGACUAUUGUCAAUACACUGACUUCGAUUGGUGAGCCAGUUCUGUUUCGUGAUCAUCUUGAAGCCAUCUUUGAUGGACUUCCAGAUGAGUAUAGUGCGUUGAUGACUGUGAUUUACAGUCGUGACACCUUUUUCACCAUCUCUGAAGUUGAGGCCAUGAUUCCUGCACCAGUGUCGCAACCACCACCGGUGGCCAAUCCUUCUCCAUCGUCUCCGUGGCAACCACCUUCAGCGUCACAAUCUGCGGUGCAGAGUGAUGAGCACGAUCGCGACAAUGGAGGAAGCAUCAAUGGCAACUAUGGAGGUAGUUAUGGCCGUGGACGCGGUCGCGGGAGAGGUCGCAGCACUCUCCAGUGUACGUUUUGUCACAAGUUUGGUCAUGAUGUUAGUUCUUGCUGGUCGAAGCCUGCGACAGCAUCGAAUGGUUCGAAUGGUGCUAUUGGUCAAUCCAAUUUUGGAAAUUCGACUACUGCACCCAAUUUAGGGUUUUCUGGAGCUCAAUUUGGGAAUUUAGGGUUUCCUAAUGCUCAAUUUGGGGGUUUUGGUCCCUACACGAAUUUAGGGUUUCCUGGAGCAAAUUUGGGAUUUUCUGGACUCAAUUUAGGGUUCUCUGGAGGAAAUCUGGGAUUUCCUAAUGCUCAAUAUGGAGGUUUUGGUCCCUAUACUGGUCUUGGAGCUGGAAUGCACAAUCCUUUUGGUCCUUGGUGUGCACCUCCUACUGUACAUGGUACUUGGGGCUCUCAAUUUUCUGCCAGACCACAACAACAGGCAGGAGCUAUUCCCAGAGGUUUUACUCCUCCUACUGCACCACCUCAAGCACCACCACAAGCAAUGCUUGCUACUGUUCCUUCUCAGGGUCCUUCUCCUACUGCAGCUGCAGCAGCAGUACAGUGGUUUCCUGACUCUGGUGCUACUCACCAUGUCACCAAUAACCCUGCUGUGUUUGUUGAUAACAGUCCAGUGAGCUCCUCAGAACAGAUUUACAUGGGCAAUGGUCAAGGAUUGCCUAUUCAAUCCAUAGGACACCUCUGAGCUUCUUCUCACAGGACGUGUGGGUGAAGAUGGUCUCUACUCCUUUGAUGGACCUCUCACUCGAGCUUCUUUGUCCUCAAGCCAGUCUUCUUCAGCACUUUCCUUUCGGCAUCACCAGGCUGCUCUUGUCUCACAGCCUAGGGUCAAUAAAGCAGUUUUUGCUACCAGUAGUAGUUUACCUUCUUUGUCUUCUUUUACACAAUCCAACACUCACGCUGAUGUUGUUGAUAGUAGUAGCAGUAGCAAUAUUUCUUUGUAUGAUUUGUGGCACUAUAGAAUGGGUCAUCCCCAUCAUGAUGUACUCAAACUUGCUUUAU